AUGAGAUUCCGUAAUUUCAGAAAGACCUGGACGCUGGUGCUCCUGAGACGGUUCCGAGAAAGGUCCAUUGCGCAAACCAGCUUGCGUUCGUGCUGCUUGGGAAAACAGGUUCUUGGAUUCGGCUUGCCACGGCUUGACUUUGGCUUGACUUUGGCUUGCCUUUUGAUUCUCUUCUGCUUGCCUUGGCUUGCCAUACUCUCAGGGGAACAACUCCCCGGCAGUGCGACCGACGCCGCUGCGCCGUCCACAGGAGAAGAGCACCGCAUCAGCAUGGCUCGUGUGGUUUACUUCGUGGUCGCCGUGCUGUUACUGACGCCACGGGCGGACGCUGCGGAAUCCGCGUGUCAUCACCGGAUAUGUCCAGCUGUUCUGCGGCCAGUCUGCGGCAGCGACGGGAGGACCUACGACAACUGGUGCCAGCUGCAGACGGCCCGCUGCAGCGACCCGAGCCUGGAGGAGGUGCACCCGGGGGCGUGUCCUGGGGCCGAGGCGCUGCUGCUCUAGCUGGAGGGAGAGACGCGACGGCGAGGCGACAGAGAGGAUUUGACCAGAGUCCAACGUCUGGCGCACGAGCCACAGGGCUAGCAUAGAUCGACUAUGUAUAGAAUGUUCCAGUAAAUAAAAACUAAAAUGAAAACAU